CCCCUUCCCCGCCCUAGUCUCUCACUACCUACUACUACCUUACGCCUGCCUCUUCUCUCCUAAUCCUCUUUUGCCCCCUUCUUCAACACCCUUCGCUCGUCUAAUAUGCGCUCCUCCACUCUCAUUCCCCUGGCCCUCGGCCUCGCCGCGCUCGCGAGCGCCCAGGACAUCACCCCCGAGGUCGACAGCAUCAACGCUUCCGCCUCGGCCGCCGCCCAGGUCGCCGCCAGCCUGGUGUCCGACCCGACGCAGAUCCUGAGCGCCGUCGACUCGCUCGGCAACCUGCUCCCUCGCCAGGACGCCGCUAUCACGGCCAGCGCCACUGCUGCGCUCGUCGCCGCCCUGUCCGGCCUGGACCUGCCCACUCUGCCCACGCUCCCGGCUCUUCCGGCGCUCCCGGCCCUCACGCGCCGCCAGGACUCGGCUGCAAUCUCCGCCAGCGCCGCCGUUGCGCUGCAGGCUGCGCUCGCCGGCCUCAAUCUGCCGGCUCUGCCCGCCCUCCCGACGAUCCCGGCUCUCCCGGCUCUGACGCGCCGCCAGGACGUCGCCGGCAUCAGCGCCGACGCCGCUGCAACGCUCGCCGCGGCUCUCUCGGGCCUCAACCUGCCUGCGCUGCCGCAGCUGCCCGUCAACCCGCCCACGCUGCCCGUCCUCCCGAUUGCGCGCCGCCAGGCCGCCGCCGGCCAGCUCGCCGCGGCGCUGCAGGGCUCGCUCGUUGUCACGCCGCAGCUGCUCUCCGUGCUCGGCCUCCAGACCGGCGCCACGACGGCCCAGAUCGUCGCAGCCCUGGCCAUCCAGGCGGGCAUCACGCUCCCUGGUGCGGCCGUCUCCGCAUCGGGUGCCGGCAGCGCAUCGCUCGCCACGCGCCAGCUCGGUCUGAACGCAUCGGCCGCUGCGGCCCUCGCUGCUCAGCUGCAGGGCCUCGGCAUCGACGCGUCCGUCCUUGCCUCGCUGGGUCUGACGGUCGACGGUUCGGUCCAGCGCCGCCAGCUCGGUCUGGACGCCUCGGCGGCUGCGGCACUCGCUGCCCAGCUGCAGGGCCUCGGUAUUGACGCGUCCGUCCUUACCUCGCUCGGCCUGACCGGCACGGUGGGCGCUGCCGGUGCUCAGCUGGCCGGCCAGGCCGGUGCGGCAGCUGCGCUCUCUUCGCGCCAGCUGAGCAUCAGCGCGGCCGCUGCGGCAACCCUGGCCGCGAACCUCCAGGUUCUGGGUAUCAAUGCCAACUUGAUCGCUGCCCUGGGCCUCAAUCUCGGUGCCGCGCAGCCCACCAUCGACGCCUCCGCGGCGGCACAGGCUGCUGCCGGCCUCACGCGCCGCCAGGCGGACGGCUCGGUGGACAUCGCUGCCACGCUGGCUGCGCAGCUCUCUCUGCUCGGCCUCGACGCUGGUCUGCUCGCCCAGGUGGGUCUGAGCAUCAGCGGCCUGCUCGACCUGGUCUCCGAGCUGCCCAGUGUCGACGUGGCUGCUGCUGGUGCCGCUGCCGCAUCGGGAUCGAUCGCCACGCGCCAGGCUGCGGUCGGUGCGCUCGACAUUGUUGCCGCCCUCGGCGCGCAGCUCUCCGUCGCGGGUCUGGACGCCUCGCUGCUCGCCUCGCUGGGUCUGACUGUGGAUGCAGUCGCCGCAGUGGUGGCCAACGUGGCCGUGCCGGACUUCAGCGUCGCCGCAGCCGCAACUGGCAGUGCCGCCAUUUCGCGCCGCCAGCUCGUUGCCGCUGGCAACCUGGCCGCCGCUGCCUCCAUCAGCGGCCUCUCGUCCAUCGACGCCGCAAUCGUGGCCGAGGCGACGGCGGCCUUCAACAACGUGAUCCAGGGCGCCGCCUCGGCCUCAGGAUCGGGAAGCGUGAACACGCGCGCCAUCAACCUCGAUGCCGCCGCCCAGGGUGCUGCGGCCCUCGCUCUCCCCGCGCUCGUGGACAUCACGGAGCCGAUCACGGCUGCUGGUGCCGCUGCCGCCCAGGCGUCGCUGGCUAGCUCGAAGCGCGACGUGACGCUGCCGCCGCUCUCGGUGGCGCCCGGCGUCGGCCCCGUCGCCAACGAGAUCGUGUCGGAGGUGCAGGCUGCCGCUGCCAACCCGGCCUCGCUGGCCGGCCUGCCGGCACAGAUCCUCGACACGGUCGCGCCGCUCGCCUCGGGCCCCGUGCGCCCGCCGGUGGAGAAGCGCUUCCAGCGCCGCCGUGCUGCGCACUGGUAGAGGGUGAUGCUCCACCUCUGCCCUCUGCCUCUUGCCUCGCCUCGCUUCCCUUUCCUCUACUACUUAGUCCCGCACAUAAUUACCCUGCGCUGCCCGAUACGAGCCUCUCGCGCUGUGGCUGCCAGCCAGCCAGCCAGCCUAUUACUCUACCUACUACUAUUUGCCGCCGAGCUCAAUCCACAUUCCUUUGGAC